CAGUAAUUGAAACUGAAACCAAUUCUGAGAGCUGAGCCUCACAUCGCCUGCUGUGUAUACUGCACUGAGACUUCCAGGUCAGCCACUUGUCUGUAGCUCAGUCUCUGCAGAGUAAGGCAUCUUGCAGCCUGUAAAGAUGAGCUCUCUGAAGCCACGUAUUAUCCCUUGGCUCAUCGACCAGAUCAACAGCCAGGAGUAUCCAGGCCUUAAAUGGAUCAACAAAGAGCAAACGCAGUUCCUGAUACCCUGGAAGCAUGGCCUGCGACAGGACCGAUCCGAUGAUGAUGUGAAAAUAUUUGAGGCCUGGGCUAUUGCAAGUGGCAAUUAUAACCCCAGCAAAGAUCCGCCUAAUCCGGCUGUGUGGAAAAGAAAUUUUCGCUCUGCUCUGAAUCGUAAAAAUGAGAUCAAAGUGAUUGAAGAUAACAGCAAGGACUCCACCGACCCACACAAAAUCUAUGAGUUCAUCAGAGGGGACAUUGCUAGUGGUGAUAUGGCUGCUGAGGACCUGAGUGAUGGUAUCAGUCCUUCUUCUGAUGCACCCUGCUUGAACAGCACCCAAAUCUUUGUGGAUAGAAGCCUUUCCAAUCAGAUGGGAAAUAUACAGAUUUCGUAUAAUGAAGAAGACUUGUACCUAUCUCCGGAAGACUUCCACAACUCUCCAGGACCAACGUCUCAGGCCUGGUGUGAUAACAUCUUAUCUCCGGGUAUGUUUAUGGGGGACACUAGCUCGGUAUGCCCCACUCACCUCUCACCCUGUCCAGUUAACGAAGAGCAGCCUGGACAAGCUGAAGCUACUGCACUUCAAGAACAGGAAACUCAACAGAACACCAUAAUGGAACAGUUUUUUCCUAACAACACAUUUGAAACGCAAUUUCAAGUUGACAUUUACUAUCGUGGGACCUUAGUAAAAAGCACCUUGGUGAAAAACCAGAAUGGUUUCCACAUCACUUCAAGAACACAGACCAAUCCAGAUAGUAAUUUAGAGUCUGUUAUACUGCCGCCUCCAUCGCUAAUCCAUGACCAGAAGGCGGCUGCUACAAUACACACUAUUCUACAAAGCUUGGAGCAAGGGACACUGGUGGAGGUGCGACACGGGUCCAUCUGUGCAAAGCGGCUGGGCAAAUGCCGCAGCUUUUGGAGUAUGACGGACACACCAACAACACACAAACCCAAUCCAAUAGACAAACAAGACUAUUGUACUCUGUACAACUUUCAUCAGUUUGUCAAAGAACUGAUUGACUUCACAGAACAAAAGAGAACCGAAUCUCCACAGUAUUCCAUUUAUAUUUGUUUGGGAGAAUUCUGGCCGGAUGGCAUAUCCUGGAAGAAAAAAUUUAUCAUGGUGAAGAUCACACCAGUAUCGAUGCAAAUUCUUCAUGAGCUGAGUUACAACAGUGGAGCAUCCUCCCUACGCAGCAGUGACAUCAAUCUGCAGAUUUCGGACUCUCUCUCCUUCCGCAGCUCAAGCGAAUUGCUGACUUUUCUCAAGGACUUCGAGGAAAGAAUGGACUGGGAUUAGUAGACCUAAUAAUCUGCGCCAACUGCAAUUUUUAAAUCCUACAAAGGACAUUUUAAAUCGAUACAAAAGCAAAAAAAAUUAUUUGUAAAUGAUGGACACUAAUUAUUCCUUUAGCAGUUUUUAAAAUAGUAACAUGCUCAGUUGCUCAACAUAAAAAAUGUAACUGAUGGAUUGGGAACAAUUGUGCUUCAGUCCUGGCAUCUCUGCCACUUAUUGGGGCAGAUGUAUUAACCUGGAUAAGGAAUAAGGAAGUGAUAAACCAGUGAUAAGUGCAAUGUGAUAAACACAUUAGCCAGUGCACCUGAUUGUCAAUUUGCAUAUUGGAGCUGAUUCCUUAUGCCUACUCCAGGUUAAUACAUCCGCCUCAGUGUGCCGUGAGGACAAAGAUGUUACUGCAGGGAUAUGUGCUCAGACACAUUUACAUACAGCAUGUAAUUUGUACAACGCUUAUGUACGUGUUUGAUGUGAAUUUGGGUAAAUUUACUAAACAGUGAUAAGAGCGGAGAAGUGAGUCAGUGGAGAAGUUGCCCAUGGCAACCAAUCAGCACUGAAGUAACAUCUAUAAUGUGCAUACUAUAAAAUCAUACAGAGCUGCUGAUUGGUUGAUGGGGAAUAUCUCCACUGGCUCACUUCUCCGUUCUUAUCACUGUUUAGUAAAUGUACCCCUUAGGAAUUUAUCGUUUUCAGCUGCAUGGAAGUGCUCAGACACAGUGAAAUGCAACACUAGGGCUGAUUCAGCCCAACACACAGCCCCCAAAUCAGUCGCAAUUCACCAAUGUUUUGGGGAAUCGACCCUGCACCAGGGGGUCACAAUGCACAUGUGCUGUGAUGUCACUAUGACCCCGGUCACACUGUCCUGGACACUGCAGCCUGAUUGACAGGCUGUGGAUGUUUGAAGGAGGAGACGGUACCCUAAGGAGUAUAUUUACAAAAGUGCAGGGUUUCAGAAUUGGAGAUGUUGCCCAUAGCAACCAAUCAGAUUUCACUUAGUAGAAUAAUAGCUAACAUCUGGUUGCUAUAGGCAACAUCUCCACUUCUGAAAACCCAAGUAAAUAUACCCCUUAGGGUACCUUGAGGACCGAGUUUGGGAAACCUUGCGUAAGGAUGAAAAAAAUCACAAACUAAUGGUAAAUGCAGGGUGCGACAAUUGUACAGAGCAAACGUAGGACAACAGGUGCUUACAUCACUAUGUGCCUUAUUUAGAGACAGUCGCAUAUGCUCAGCAUGAUUGUGGCUCCCUCCUCUUACCGUACCUGGCUGAGGUAAGUCUGGACGGCGACUUGAGUCGUGGCUUCACUGUGAGUACAGAAAAUGCUAAAUAUUGCAGCACCCAAUGAAACUAUAUUGAAGUUCAUUCCUGAACUGUGCAACUAGUAAAUAAACACCCAGGUGGCUUGGAGCGUCUGAAUUGCUCCACAAAACAGAGGCACAUAACUUACUGCUUCUGCUGUUUACAUGUAUUCAAAUACUGGGUAUGUUCGUCACUUUUGCGACCAGUUGGACACAGUCGAAUUAGCAGCUUCACAGUCAUCACUGUCAACUUGACCAGGUUCACAGCUGAUGCAAAUCAGUCCCAUCCAGGAGGCCAUGUUUUCACAUGCAGAAUUCUCCCUUAAUGUACUUAGGGGGUGAAUCAGACCUGAUCGCUGGGCUGCUAAAAUUGUUGUCCUGCGAUCAGAUAGUCGCCGCCCAAGGGGAGUGUAUAUUCGCCGUGCAAGUGUGCGAUCAGUCAGCGGACAGCUGCAAAUCCGUUUGCACCUCACUCACCAGUGAAUGGUUUUUACCAGUGUGUGCAGUCUGUGCGCAGGCCAGGACUUACUCUUACAGUGCGAUCAGAAUAGGCAGAUUGGAAAACGCUUGUGUUUUUUCCUGACACUCCCAGAAAACGGUCAGUUGCCACCCACAAACUGCCUCAACCUGUCAAUCAGCAUGCGAAUGGCUGUGUGAUUAGAAUUUUCGCACCAGCCUGUCGCUGACCGGCAAUGCCUGUCGUUUGGUGAUGCGCGUACGCAUUGCGGUGCAUACGCAUGCGCAGGUAAUCACUGAUCGGCUGCUAUGCGAAAACGCACGGCAGCAAUCAGGUCUGAAUUACCCCCUUAUAUUGUAACUGCAAUCACAUUCACCCCCACUUCAUGCAAUUCCAUGUCCAUUCCAGCCCCAGCCACCUAGUCGCAGAGAGACUGAACAGAGUCUCACCUUACACUUAAGACUUAGAGGCCCAUUUAUCAUGGAUUGCAUAUUGAAUGCGAUCUGGGCGGGAUCUUACCACCCAGCAUCUCAUUGCAAUGUGCGAUUCUAUCGGGUGAAUGUAUCUCCUGGCAUAUGUAGGGACAAGGGCCUGGUAAGGAGCCUGUCCCUGCAAUGUGCUAUGCCGGGGGUCCUGCGCAUGCAUGGUCACGUGACCGCGAUGCACUGAGGCCAUAUCAGGUGGAGGGUUCCAGGGAACCCAGACGGAACGUCUUUCCACAAUCCAUAAUCUACAAUGGUAGCUGCAGGGAACAAUAUCAGGAAAGCAUCCCUGAUAUUGAUACGUUGGACAGCAUUGCAUCCCCCAUAGAAACCUAUGGGGGAUGCGGAGGCGGCGGAAAUGGAGGGAUUGUAACAGGUAUCAGAGAUACGUGAUGCGGUCCCUCCUUUAUACAUUCCACUUUUAUACUUAAUAUUUGUGGCUAACCCCUGAACAUCGGUGUUUUCGGGAACAUAGCUACAAAUAUUUUAUAAUAAAUGGGCACCUAACCCUGAAUAAGGCUGUAUGUGAGCAGCAAAAAGCAUAAAAGAUGAAGGAAAUUGCUGGGAAAUUUUCCACAAGUCAAAUUGAACUAUGAAAUUUUCUGUUUCACCAAGGUGCAAGUUUCAUGCAGCAUAAUCUUCAAAUUCUGCUUCACCAUUGGCUAGAGUGGCAUUCCACGCUAUAUUUAUAAAAUCCACUAUUGGUGUAUCAGGGCGGUAUUACGUCUUUCUGUCCUGUGAUAUGGUCCGAUUAUAAUUAGGCAAAAGUCAGGGCAGGAUAAAAUCAUUGCAGCAUUUUGGACUGUACACAAAUGAUUACAGGAAUACCGCGCUGAAAAUCCAUGCACGCGUUCUGCAGAGGAAACGUGGUUACAAUUUUUAAAAAUGUGCAUGUAUUUAGAAAGAAAUUAUUGUCAUGUUCUAUUGUCACUAAUCAUCAGUAAUGCUAGCUAUAUGCAGAGGUGCAGCCUGAGAAUGCAGCCUUUUACCUCAUACCUCACUGAUGUCUCUAGUUCCUAGUAAAUUGAUAGAAUUGAUUAUAUACUUGGAUGACAAGUGAAAUUCAAUUAACAUGUGAACAGUUUAUGAUCAAACGGUGUACAGGUUGAGUAUCCCAUAUCCAAAUAUUCCGAAAUACGGAAUAUUCCGAAAUACGGACUUUUCUGAGUGAGAGUGAGAUAGUGAAACCUUUGUUUUUUGAUGGCUCAAUGUACACAAACUUUGUUUAAUACACAAAGUUAUUAAAAAUAUUGUAUUAAAUGACCUUCAGGCUGUGUGUAUAAGGUGUAUAUGAAACAUAAAUUAAUUGUGUGAAUGUAGACACACUUUGUUUAAUACACAAAGUCAUAAAAAAUAUUGUCUAAAAUUACCUUCAGGCUGUGUGUAUAAAGUGUAUAUGGUAUAUAAAUGUAUUAUGUGCUUAGAUUUAGGUCCCAUCACCAUGAUAUCUCAUUGUGGUAUGCAAUUAUUCCAAAAUACGGAAAAAUCCGAUAUCCAAAAUACCUCUGGUCCCAAGCAUUUUGGAUAAGGGAUACUCAACCUGUACUAACUUAAUGUUAAUAAAUGUUUUAAUAAUUAA